AUGGCAAGCCGUCGGGUCGGAUUCUGCUUAAGUGACAAGAAAAGGAGACGCAUGAAUUUGUCAGCGUUUGCGGAUCUCUGUGCGGGUCGUGGCAUUGACGUGGUCGAGAUAGACCUCAGCCAGCCCAUGGAUUCCCAAGGCCCCUUUAACGUCAUCGUGCACAAGCUGUCAGAUGUCAUUGUGGAGGCUGAAUAUGACAGCCAAUCGCAACAACUCCUCAGCAAUUUCCAGAACUACAUCUCGGCACAUCCCCAAACGGUGCUGCUGGAUCCCCUGCCAGCAAUGAGCAAACUCCUGGAUCGCUUCGCAUCCUACCACAUCAUGAGCCAACUACAGGACAGAAUUAAGGGUAAAAGCAUCUGCUGUCCACCCUACCUGGAGAUCAAUAUCAGCGAGAGGUCAGCGAUAAAGGCUGCCAUUCAGAGCCAACAACUCAACUACCCUCUGAUCUGCAAGACCAGAGUUGCUCACGGAUCCAGAUCGCAUGAGAUGUCUCUGAUCUUCAGCGAGGUGGGCCUGAGUGAUGUCCACCCGCCCUGUGUGCUCCAGAGCUUUGUGAACCACGGUGCUGUGCUCCAUAAAGUGUUUGUGGUGGGCGACGAUCACUUCACCGUGGAGAGGCCUUCGCUCAAGAACUUCCCCCCUGGGCCCUGUGAUAUGUCAACCAUUUUCUUCAAUAGUCACGACGUGUCAAAGCCGGAGUCUUCCUCCCAUCUUACUGCGCUGGACGACAACAUGCCACGCCUGCCGCCUCCUAGCAACGAGGCCAUGGUGGCGCUGGUGGAGCACCUGAGGGCAGAGCUGGGCAUGGCGCUGUUUGGGGUCGAUGUCAUCGUCAACAUCCACACGCACACCCUCACCGUCAUCGACAUCAACAUCUUCCCAGGCUAUGAGGGCGUCCCACAGUUCUUCUCAUCUCUUCUCCAUUACAUAGAGUCCAUCAUGGACAAACAGAAGCCUCUGCAACCUGCAGUCGCUUCCCCAAGCCUAGCAAGUUCUCAGCCACCCUCUGACUGCAAUGAGGAGUUAUGUCCAGCAGGGGGCAAUGCAUCCUGACCUCAUAUCACUCAGUUGGAAAGACAAACUGCACUGACAAAGAGUUUUGGUGUCAUGUGAAAACUAAGUAUUGGUGGCCAUUUCCAUUGUGUAAUGAAACACAGGAAAGUGCCGUGAGUUUCUUUGCUUCAGCCCGUGGUGUUCACAGGAAAUGGCUUCCUUGUGUCAGCACGGAGGGUGUUGUCCCCAUAGGACAGGUCUUUGUCUCAUGCAGUGCAGCCAGACGACCAUGAGAGGGAGCUCUAAGCCUAGGGCUCUGAAUGCAAAACUAGAGCUGCAGAUCUACAGUAGGCCUAUAGAUACAGCUCUGUCUGAAUGGCAUAGUGUGCUAUAACACUCUUCUAUUCACCCUUUAGAAACACUUUUGUGUAAUACAGUAAGAUUGGUAACAUUUUAGUUGGAUCCUCCAGGAUACUAUAAAUUCAGUUUAGGAUGCUAUUAAAGGAUAACUCCAGCCAAUGUCAACAUGCAAUGCUCACACUACCCUGGACUUGUCAGUGCCCGUUGAUGCUGCAUUUUUCGGCUCAGCCCUUUCCGAGAUCUGAGCUAUUCUAAUGGGGGCAGAUUUUGUUUACAUUUUAAACAUUCGUAACAUAGGCCUACUCCAAAUAUUUUCCCAAAAGCUAUCGCUGUUUACUAGUUGUCUGCUGAUGUUGUAUAACAUUUUGGAUGUUUUGGGAAUAAGUCAAGAUGUUUUCUUUUUAAUGUAAACAAACACCUGCCCCCAUUACAAUGACAAGGAUCUCGGAAAAGGCUGAAGGAAUUCUCAGGUACUGACAAGUCCAGGGUGGUGUGAGUAUUACAACUGCAUGUUGAAAUUGGCUGGAGUUAUCCUUCAAUGGGUAACACAGUUAAGUUUAGUUUAACAAGUUAUCACUGCCCUGUUGAUAUGGACCACCCAUUGAUCAGGGGUCCGUAUCUCGAAAGCGUCUUUGCUAACGACGGUAGCAACGUCCUUCGUAAGAGCGACGCUCACCACUAAAUCCAAGGGAACGGUAAGACGAUCUUAAGACGGUUAGCAACGACAAGAAUCGAGAAACGGACCCCUGAACUACAAACUGAAUCCUGGGCUAGGGGUUACGAUUAGUGUUAAGAGUAUACUGACUCAUUUUGACGAAGCAGCUCAUAGCAGCAGAUAACGAUCACCUCAAUCACAUCAAAGCCCAAACCAGAUUGAACGUUUUAACCGAUUAUUUAUCAUUAUCAACUUAAGGUAAAAGAAGACCCACCUAAUAAAGUGCGAGCAGAUGUUUUGGCUUUUCCUGUUUCAAUACGUGGACAGUAUUUAGAGAAGCGUGGGAUAAACCUUACCUGAGGAAAGGGAACACCCCAGCGUGUAAGUCAGGGCUGCGUUUCCCAAAAAGUACUUAAGCCUAAAUAUUACUCAAGUAGGGGCCUCCUAGGCAAUAUACUACAUCACUAAAAGUUUAUGCAUAUAAUCCUUGUAUAGGCCUACAUAUUAUAUUUUUUCUCGCACAUGCAAAUAAAAUGGUCACACCAAGUGCGAGGUAAAAUAGUGUAUUUAUACAUUUUUAGUGAUGAUUUGAGACCUACUUCUGAUAUAUUGCCUAGGAGUCCCCUCAUACUUAAGUACUACUUUGGCUUAAGUACUACUUAACAGUUUUUGGGAAACGUAGCCCAGGUUAGGAUAAACCCAUCAAAAUACAUGAAAUAUUGGUGGGAAACAAUCACAAACCACCAACACAGAAUCUGACGUCCACUGUGCUUUUAUUGACAGUCCUUAUAGCGUGAGAUACAACAGGCACAAAUUACAACUGACCAAACAGGGAUGGACCAGUGCAGUCAACUGAUCAAAUCGCUGACCAGUACAAUUACCUACAUAUCCCAUCACUUAAUCAUUUCACACAGAUCAUCUGUGGCAAGUGUAAAGCUUAAAGACAAACAAAAACCCUCAUUCCCUUAUUUUAAUAUUGGGGAAUUGUCCGGAAAUACAUUGUGUCCCCUUACUAGUGCCUAUUGAGGUGGUCAUAUUACCAGUAUUUACAAUACAAUUGCUUUUUUCAUUCCCUGGACAUAAAUACAUUCAAAAGAUUAUAUAAAGACACUGUAAGUAUAUAACAAUAAGUGUUUGAUACAAGUGGCAUUUCCACAUACCCUGCUCUAGGAUUAUAUGUGCAAUAUAACAUAACUGUUGACAAAAUGAGAAAAAAUACAAAAGUUAAUAUAUAUUUUAAUAUAUAUUUUUUAAUUGAAUUUGUUCAGUAUAGUUUAUUUUAGGCUAUUCUAUUGCAUAUUUUUUAUUUAUAGAAUUUCUAUAUCGCUUUCAUACUUUAUUGCACACUUUGGGGCUUUCCACUCUGUAACAAGUGAGUACACGGUUAAAUAUUAAAUAUGAAAAAUGUUUUCAUUUCUACAUAUAUGUUGGGAUUGAUUACCUUGGCCUAGUCCUUCAAAAAGGGAUUUCCUUGGCUUCUGGCUGAAAAGCAUCAGUAUUGUUUGGAUCUGAGAUAUGGAAUGGGAAUGUUUGUAUGGAUGAACUUCAUCCACAUUGCCGAAAGCUUGGCAUAUUUAAUUAAAAAAAAUAAAAAAAUAAAAUAAGAUGGCUUUUAAUUCCAGACUGUUGAUUGUUCUGGAUUCCCUUGGCUAGUAUAGUACACAAGUGCAAACCUCAGAGCAAAACACAGACAAUUUUGCAGGGUUAAUUAACUCACAUUUAAAACUGAACUCCUGGUGUUGAACUAACACUGCCUAAUGUACUGUGAUUCACUGUGUGUCCUGGCAACUUGAGGUCAAGUGUUACCAAAAAACACAUAAAAAAUGGUCUCAACUCCACCCUGAAAAGAACAACAAAUAACCAGAGCUGCUUCACCUUUGGUAACCUUGGCAUCGCUGUUGCAUAAACUGCUUUCACAUUAAAAAAAGAUCCCCCACCUCCUUUGUUGUGCUCCUGUUAACAGUCUGUCAUGUUUUUUUUACCUAACAGUGUUUGAGCCAAAUACAACACAGUUUUCAGUAAUGAACAUUACGGUACAAAGCAGAAGCGGACGGAGCUAAUAUUCAGGAUGACACACUGCUUUGAGGUAACAGUCAUUUCAGCAGCUUUCAUGAUGGUACAACUCAUGACAUUCUGAUCAUUAAAUUCUUAAAAGUGUAACUGCAUCCCAAAACCACAUAUUCUCCAUGUUUUAAAACAAAUAAAAAAUAAAUAAAUGGGUGGGUCUUAACUGGAGAUAUCUCUGAAAGUAGACAUCACUCCUUAAUUGGGUAUCCCUCAUGAUACGGUCUUUGUGUUCUCAGUCAAGCAGUCGCCAUAUUCUGUAGAAUACAUACCUAAAGCUAUAAAAAGUGUCUAACAUGUUGUUUGUUACCGUGGAUCAAAUGAAAACAGUUAUGGGGUGCAGUUACUCUUAAAUUAUUAAUAACCAAUGACAGUCUGGAACUUCUUCAUCCGAUUUCAACAUCACUCGAUGAAUAAAAGUUUUCUAUUUACAUCACAUUUGAAAAUAAAUUGUGAGCGGCACAGCUCUACAGGUUUCUGUAUGUGCA